UUGGUGCGUGCGGCAACAUUGAUGGGACAGGGACCCAAAUGCGCCCUGGCGCUGUUAGAAGCCUCAACUAACUAUUUGAAUUUUCAACUUCACCAUUUUCAGAACGCUACCAAUGGAUGGACCAAGUAACAAGAUUCACAUCUGUAAUCUCUCUCCCGCUGCCAGCCACCACAAAAUUUCUCGUAUAUUUAGAAAAUUUGGUCAGAUUACAAAAGUUUUCGUACAGCGUCAGGGUGCGACAUGGGAUUGCGGCGGCCAGGCCUACAUUGCCUACGCAGACGUCAACGGCGCUGCCAAAGCAGCCGAGGAAAUGGACGGAGAGAUGUUUGAUGAGGCAAUCAUCUCAGUCCGGCUGGUCUCACACCAGGAGUUCCUUCAAGGAAUGCAGAUUAUGUAUGCAUUAUCCAGCCAGCCCUGUGGUGAUACGUCCUGGCCAACGAGAAACCACAAACUCAUAAAACCACCACCCAAGACCAAAUUGACACCCAAGGAUAUAGCGUUAGCUCCAAACUCAGAGUGGGAACCUUACAUACCUCCGACGACUGUCCAGCUAGUCUUGGACGAGGACCCACGACUACCGGACGGUGCCUUUCCCAACAGUCGCGAACCCCCGUCAGUCAAGAAAACCUUGAGUAAAAUGCUGUCACGGGCUAAAAGUGCCGAGGUAUUGCGUAACGAAGACGCACACGGGGUCACCUCCGGUCGCAGUUCGCACCCACGGAAGGAGGCCAAGCCGCGGAAUCGCAAGAUGACGCCUUGCGGCACGCAUCGAAACACUGCCAAAGACCCACCACACUCUGAUAGAACCCGUCGAGGGGACCAGCAUGGUCAGUCCAUUGAUCGGUACAGUUUCCUGCGUAGGAGGAUGGCCAGUGACCCAUCACCCCAUGGAUCACUUGACAGAGACCGCUAUGGAGACCUACACGUAACCUACCGAGACACUAUACACAACCCGCCCAGGUCCUACAGUCCUGAUCCGUACAGCAAACCCUCAGAAGACAUCAGGGCUCAUUCACCAGACGAUCCAGUUAACGUACCAGAACCUCGUUCUCAGCCACCGAGUGAUUACAAGGAUCGUCUUUCACCUGAAGGUGACAGAAGAGUCUAUGACUGGUAUGACGCACCCAGGGGUAGAGAUUGCGAGUAUGAACGGUUGCCGGCCACCAGCUACAGAGAGCGAUCACCUCUCAGGCAUCACUGGGACACGGAUCCCCCACCCAGUACCUCCACGCUCAGAGAGCUCUCUGACGACCACUCUACAGUGCAACGCCUCUGUUCCUAUGACGACGACCUCUGGCGAGACACCUACAUAAGAGAUUCCUCUGCCCGAGACACCCAGGUGGCAUUCGACUCCAGGGAGGAGAGACCCCACUUGGAACCGGUUGAGGACAGGUACAGGGAACCCAGCAGGCUGGACGACUGGGACUAUCCACCAGAAAGUGACCGACUCACAAGCACAGUUUAUGGGGAUGGGGACCAGUCGAAUGACAGGCGCCACCAAGACCCUGAAAGAGUACCAUUCCAGGAUUCCCGAACACUCGGGAUCGACAGGCCAACCUAUGACUACAGCCUGGAGGGCACCUUUGGAGCCGACCGGCCCACGUAUGACUACAGUCUAGUGCCACUUGCCUGUCCAACCGACAUCAUAGACGAGGGCUAAAAAAUCCUGACGAGAGUGACUCGCGUCUUGGGCAAUUUGGCAUUUGAAGUUGCCUUUGCUUUAUCAGAAGAAUAGACGCAGCAACUUUCAAUCACAUCAACGCCUACUUCUGCUCAAAUUGCGGGCUCCUACCCAGGUCUCCUGGGUAGUUUUUGCUCGCAUGCAAUACAAGGAGGAGCAUACCACACGGAAUGAGGUUGCCCUUUUCCCACAGGAAAGUACAUUGGUGUAUCUUACAUCCGGGGUAGCUGCGCGCUGCUGUUUUAUUCAGUUUUAUUUUCAAUCGACUUGCAGAGUCCCCAAGGCAGAAAGCAGGCAUUUAGAAAAAGCAAAACACACCUUGACAACCAAAAGUGAUCAGUUUCUAACAGAAACUAUAUACCCAGCAAGAAAUGAGACCGAGGGGUACCCCCCCAACAUGUCCAAUCC